AUGAUACAAGUACUAGUGGAAACACUGGUAGAAAUUCAAACAGACCGUGGAAUCCGCCACAAAGACCUAGUCAGAGAGGACAAAACCAUCAGAGACCAAAUGGUCAAAGAAAUACUGAGAACCGUAAUGAGGACAGGAGAUUUAUUGCGAACAACACCCAAACAUGGGCCGAAAACAAGCAAGUAUCGGUUCAAGAGACUCCCAUUCGGAGUCACCGCCUCUCCUAGUGUUCUGAACAUGGCUCUUUCGGCAUUUCUGAGCAGUCAAAACACAGAAUUAGCCGACGAAAUCGCUCGUAACCUGUAUGUGGACAAUAUCCUACUACAAGCCGAAUCGCCAGAAGAAGCCGUGCAAAAAUAUUACAAGUCAAAGCAACUAUUCGCUCGAAUCGGCAUGAAUCUUAGAGAGUACAUCUCAAGUUCUAAAGAAGUUAAUCAGCGUAUUCCAAAAGAGGAUAGACUGGAAUCAAACUGCCUAAAAGUGCUCGGUGUUGAAUACAAGCUAGAAAAUGACGCCUUUCAAGUCGCUACAAACUUUCGGAAAGUUUGA